ACUAUGAUAGAAAAUCGAGCAUGAGUGCCAAAGUUGUAACAACAGAUGCACUAUCAAGCGACAGCGAUAUUGGUAAAGUUUGAUUUGUUCUCAUAAAAUAUAAGAUUUAAUUUUUUGCUGCCAGAAUCUUUAAAUUUGAUUACUUCCCCUGAUAUAUAUUAACAAUAAUCUUAUUAAUUGUACUAAAAAGGGAGCGAUAAUACAGACGAAUUGCUGUCUGAUCAAAAAGAUGAAGUUCAGGAGCCAAAAGAAAAGUCCGGCUUGGCAGAUGUUAUGUCAAAAAUUCUCAGUAAAAACAUUCCUGAUUCAAAGAAGAGUGUUAUACUAUCGAAAGCUAGGACAGAUAAGCAGAUCUUUAAGGCAAAGUUAAAAAGAAGACAAGAUGACACCGAUGACAGUGAUAGCGAUAAUGAAUAUCAAAGGAAGCAAAAAAAACUUGAAUGGAAGAAGAUGGCGAGGACAAAACCGAAACCUCUAGAUAAAGAAAAGGAGCGAACUCUGGCAAAAAUAGCUACAAGAGGCGUCGUCCAACUAUUCAAUGCUGUACGGUCACAGCAAAAGCAGACUGAAGAGCGAUUAAUGAAUGCUUCAACGGAAGCAAAAAAAGAUCAAGUUUUAAAAGAUACAAAGCGUAAGGGCACUUUUAUCGAUAUGUUAAAGAAUGAGAAACCGAACAAAGAGGGUGCUAAAAAAUGGAAAGCUUUGAAAGAAGAUCUUUCAAUGGAAUCUGCUAAUAUGAAAGACUGGUCGGAUGAAAAUGGCGAAGAAAGCGAUGAAAAUGAUGAAAUAACCGAUGAGGAUGAUAAUAGUGAUGAUGGUGACGAUAAUGAAGAAUUAGAGGAUGACGAAUAGGAUAAAAAAUAAGAGUAAACUUUUCUCAAGUUUAUGUUGAAUUAUGUAAAUAUAUUCUAAUGUAUAUUGUUGUUUUCUUCUCUCUUUUUUUUAAGAAUAAUAAUUAUACUUGGGUACUAGUUCAAACUUUGCUGGAGUUUUAAACGUAAAGGAGGAACUAAUGCCCUCCUUUUUGGUUUAUUGCAAGAUUGUAAUUUUCGUAACGUCGGUUCAGAUACAGCUUUUUUAAUAUUUCCAAUAUACGCAAGAUGGCGCAUCGAUAUAUUGUCCAAACA